AUGGGGAGAAUUAAGAAGGUCGCCGGGCAAAAGCAUGAGGCCACUCUUUCUCCGUACCUUGCGGAUUUUGUAGGCCGUGCAACAACUGUCCCCGUUCCCGAGCUUCCUUCUCACCUUCGCACAUUUUCUCGCGUCUGGCCAUUUCCCAGAGGUGACCUGUAUCACUGGAUCAAUGUCUUGAAUCGCUUUGACGAAAUUCUGGCCUCUGCCAUUGAUAGAUACGGCCUCGGAACCGGCCCUCAGACAACGCCCUUCAGCCGACAAUUUAUCACGCAUUGCUACACCAGUGAAGACCCCAACCUAGGCUCGCGGGAUAUCGAGACUAAGCUUACCGCUCUGGAGUAUGGUCCGGAGGGAGAUAGGGAGCUACUGGAAGCCGUGCUUGACUUCUCUAGACUUCUUCUUGAGAAAUGUGGCAAUCGCAGCUUGUACAAUAGCAGUGAACGACUGGGCGAGUUACUCAACACCACGUCGUUGACCCUUCUACAAUCCACGCUUCGUUUAUCACUUUCUUUGGCACAAAGGUACCACUCACGCCAUCGCGGCGGCUCCCACCUUCAACAGAGCUUGUUGGCAACACAUUACAACAUCGACCUUGAAAAAUUGCAAAAAAUCGCAGCUCCUUUCGCUCGUCCGUCUGUUAAUGGUCGACCAGCAUCCUCGCCACAAGGCGUCAAAGCUAAGGAGAAGGUGCCUCAGACCAAGCAAAACGCCAAUGAACUUACAUCACUUACGCGAGAGGGCGAUGGCUGGGAGGAAUGGGGCCAUGUGCAUCUUCUUUAUUAUCCAUCGGGUCCUGCUGAGCAAGUGAAAUCGGGCACGGAGAGCGGGACCGCUAGCUCUCUUAUCGUGCACGCUCCUUCUAGUCCUACUCCCUUCCAUCGGAGCCAUACGAUUUCCACUCCACGAGCGGGUCGUAUUCCUUCGACAGAGAACUCGCCCGCUUCUGUUGCUAACACACCUGCCGGCAAACAGGAGGAACCGUUACCGGGUGGAAAAACCCUGGAUAUCCCGGACACUACAAUUUCGGCAUCGUCAACUGAAGAGAUCAUUUCCCUAUAUGCCAAAGAAGUGCCGGAUGAUUCUAAAUAUGAAUUGUUAAAUAAAAUCCGCGCGGCAAAGGGGUUGAGCGGUUCUCAGUCUACUAGAGAACGGAUACUUGCCAUAAGGAUUCUCGCUAUCACAAACCUUGCGUACAUUUAUCCAGAACCACUUUUCCAACAGAAGAUUCUUCAAUUCGACUUGGAGCACCCGAAGCGUCUUCAACUCGCAUACCAAUUAGGAGAGCUGGUUCAUCUCGGAGCCAGUGGCGAUCUUCCGGUUUCGAGGACAGUCCAAACAUUUUCCAUACAGGCUCUUGAUGCGCUAGCAAAGCAUAAAGCACGGGCGAUUGACGUCUGUGGUGCCUUGAGUGUCAACGUGAAUCAUGGUGUUUUGAUGUUCCUCACCCGAAAAGCUGUCAAUGAACUGAGUGUGGAGGGCGACGAAAAUGACGACAGCGGCCAAGACGAAUGGCGGGAUGCCCUACUCGCUUUACUGCGUACUCUUCCUGGGUCGAGCACUAGAACUCCUGAGACACUUGUAGCAGCUGGAUUGAUCCCUAUGUUUGUGGAUGUCCUGAAUCUUCGCACCCACAAAGCUCGCCGUGUUUAUUCCCGUGUCAUGGAGUUUCUCGACAGUUUCGUGCUUGCGGUGCGCGAUGCAUUUGGAAUACUGACCAACGCUAAGGGGUUUGAUGCGCUUUCAGACUUGAUUGAUUAUGAGACUAAGACGUCAUUCGAGAAUGUAUCUCGGGGCGCGGGAAUCCCAGACUAUUAUAAAACAUCGUCAAUCGAUUAUCAAAUUCCGUAUUUCCAACAACAGACCCUCCGUUGGUUGUUCCGGUUCGUCAAUCAUAUAAUGCAGCACAAUGGGGGUGGAUUUGACCGAGUACUUCGGAAUUUGAUUGACUCCCCCCAACUGCUGACUUCCCUGCGCCUCGUCAUCGAGAAUGCACCCAUAUUUGGCUCCCAUGUGUGGAGUAACGCCGUGAAUAUCCUCAGCAGCUUUAUCCAUAAUGAGCCCACUAGUUAUCAAGUUAUUGCGGAAGCGGGACUGAGCAAGAGCUUUCUAGAGGCCAUUACUCUCUCAAAAGUUAAGGCUUCGGAAACCGCAGUCGAAGGUGCUAGCGAGUCGCCCUCUGCGGCUGAAACAGAAGGAGAGCCGACAAGUGCGCCAAACCUGACCACUGAUCCCUCAAGUGGUCAGGGACAGAAACCAAGGGACUACACUACCGCCCGGCCAAAGGAUGCUCGUUUAGCCCCUGGUAUCAUGCCUGCCACUGAGGCUCUCUCAUGCAUUCCUUCAGCAUUUGGGGCAAUUUGCUUAAACGCCUCUGGUUUGGAAUUGUUUCAAUCGUCUCACGCCUUGGAAAGCUUCUUUGAGAUAUUUGAAAAUCCUGCACAUGUGAAAUGUCUCAUCAAAGACGAUACAAACCUAGUCCGAUCUUUGGGUAGUACUUUCGAUGAGUUAGUUCGUCAUCAUCCGGCUCUGAAGUCGUCAAUCAUGACCGCGGUCAUGGUGAUGGUAGCGCGCGUUGGAUUCCUCUGUAGAACCAAGGCUUGGUCGUACGGCAUGGGUGCAAAGCUAUGGAAACAAGACUCUCAGGGGAAGCCGAUACUGUCAGGUGAACCCUGGCAGUUACUUAAAGCAGUUGGUCUCGAUGCUUCUGGGCAUGACGCCUCUGGUGGCGAUGAUAUUUACGGUGUUCCCACAAUUAAUGCAGACGCGACACUCCCCAAUGGAGGAAGAUUAAGUGUCGGAGAUGUGACCGAACUUCUUCCGCCAUUGUCCGCACAACUUGAGCCUAAGGACGAGGAUAAGGAUGAACUGACAACUACUGACUACUUAUUCGCCGUCUUGCGGUUCCUCGGGGCGUUUUUCGAAAACCAGUCGAACUGCACUUACUUCAUUGAGUCUGGUGGAGUUGAAUUCAUCCUGGAUCUUGCUACCUUGCAGAGUCUUCCGUUUGAUUUUCACAACACCGAAGCGAAUCAAGAACUCACAGUGUUGGUCCAUAUGCUCGUUGAAACCAAGCCUCAUCUUGUGAUGCCAUCGCUUCUCUGUCGAACUGAGCGGAUAGUUGAUAUGCUGGCCGACUUCUGGAGGUCAUCCGAAGAGCAAGGAUUUUUCUCACCCCUAGUUCAACUAGAAAAGGAAGGACAACUGAAGACGGCUAUUUCGGUCGACGAAUCUUCCGUUGCCUCAAGCGAUAAUGGAACAUUUUUCGCCAAGCACAUGGUAUCUGCACUUAUACUUGUGGAUCUCCUUCGUGAAGCAUUCUCUGCGCCCCUAUAUCAGUCGAGGCCAAGUCAACAAACUUCUGUCUUUGCUCAAGUUAACCUAGCCGACCGGUAUUGUGCCCUUGUGAAAAAGCUCGGCAGCCUGCACGCCGCCUGCGUUUGGGAAGAGAUUUUACUUGAGAAAAACAUUCCAGAUACUUGGGACCAGGCAACAAAAGUCCAGCAACCACCAUCCGACAGACCGGUCGAUGGUUCAGGAGUUUUGCCGGGAGGCGUUUCCAAUAUCUUUUCGCCCGAGGCUCGUCAAGGCGGGCCAACUGGAAACAACUCUCCCAACCCUCAAACCCCUCAACAGCCCAAUGACACCGCUGCAAAACCCACUGAGGGCGGCGUGGCGUUCAAGAAUGUGCAGGCGCUUCGAUAUCUUUUAAGUUCUCUGCCUUCUUCAAUAACAGGAUAUCUCCAUAAUAUGGGGCUCUGUCUCAUUGGGAAGAGGAGGAUUGAUGCGUAUCAGAAACAGAACGCUAUCAUGGUGGCCGAUGUUAUCGCAGGAGCUGUACUUGAACAAUUGCAGUUCAAACCCGCUAAUUCUAGUGGCAACCCCAAGCUCCGAUUCGCAUAUCUCAUUGUCAUUCUAUCAUCGUUCUCUCAUCUGUUAUUCGAGGCUGCACCAGACCGUCACCAUUCUCAUUAUCUUACGCUCGUCUUAUUCGCGUUCAAGAGAAAUAACGGACUGAAGGUUCUAAAGGACGUUUGCGACCUCUUCGUCAAUGAAGUCAAGGCACUUACACCUCGUACAUCUGUACCCGACCCCGAAAAUGAUUUGUCUGCGAGGUUGACGUCCGCUUUCGGCGGAAUCAAAAUGAUUUUGGGCUUUUUCGCCGAGCUUUCUUCCGGAAAGAGCAUUGUGGACUCGAGUCAGACACAGGCCAUGGCAAGUAAUGACCGCGACCGAGGUCGGCCUGAUUACUUCCAAGCUGGUCAGUUCUUGGUGGAUCUUCGAAUGGAGAUUCUACCUAUAGCACGCGAUAUGUGGAACUCAGACUUUGCGACCCAAUCUACAAGCUCUGUCGUCAAAUGCCUGGUUGAUAUUCUACGAUCUUCCCUUGAUGGUGAAUACGAGACUUCAGCUGCUCGACAAUCUGACGCAAAACCAGCAUUGGUAGAUGUGCAAAGAAAAGGAGUCACAAUAAACAAAGAUCGGGCCAAUAAUUUGCAGGAAAAAGGGUUCGACAGUCGUUUAGUUCAAGAAGCACUAUAUCGUUGCAACAACUCCGCUUCUGCAGCCGAAGAAUAUUGCAGAGCACGAAGCUACCUCCGAGCUCCUGACCUCAUUCCGCCAGAACCCAGUGAUAUCGAAGCAGUUCGUUCAGCUGGCGAAGGACCCGAGGACUCAGCUGGGAUAGAACCGCCGUCGUUCGACACUGGAUCACUUUUUGAUCGGCAAUCACUUUCCAUGUUCCUGGCACAGGCACAAGGACGGCCUGCGGACGAUGGUAGCCUCCAGGAUACAACUCCAGGCAUGCCUGAAGAGAUCACAAGAGCUUUGACUCAUAUCCUGAGCCAAGGAUCUGGCGAUGGUGACCGGGAUGCUACCCCGGCCAACAAUCAAGCGGAGCCUAGUAACGCUCGUGCAAGCAACUCUGCUGACCCAUCUGAACAAAGCCCAGACCAACAAAAUACAAGGCGACGCGAAUUGACCACUGUUGAGGACCUAGAUACUGAAAGGGAGAAGGUCCGGUCAAAUCUGAUUGAGCGAUGCCUAGAUGUAUUGAACGAGCACUAUGACGUAUCUUUCGAAUUGUCUGAUCUGAUCGCUUCCGCCAUCAAGAAACAUCGCGACCCAGAAAGUUUCAGAAGAGAAAUUGGCGAACUUCUUGUUCAAUCCUUGGUUUCUUUGCAAAUGGAGGACUUCCAAGAAUCUGGUAAGAAGGUCGCGGCCUAUGCUCACCUUCUGGCAUUGGUGGUUCAGGACAGGGAUAUGUACAACGCUACCUUGACCGAACUAAAAGAGUGUUUCACCACAUUCCUUCAAUUCAUCGCGCUGCCAUCGGAGAAAACGCGAGGCGAAUCGUUCCCCUGGGUUGGACAUGUAUUGCUUGUCCUGGAAAAGCUACUGUCUGACGAUGCUCAACCUCCUCAGAUUCGCUGGACUUUGCCUGAUAACACCGACCCCAGCCCAACUGAUGAGGGCUCAGCCCAAUUGGAGGAGCCCCUUGUAUCCGGAGACGAGAAGAUGCAAUUAUUUGAAGUUUUAGUCGAGAUUCUUCCUAGAAUAGGGGGGGACGAUACUUUGGCACUCUCGGUUUGCCGGAUACUGGCUAUUCUCACUCGAAACCAUAAUAUUGCUGUCCGACUAGGCGAGAAACAGAAUUUGCAGCGCUUGUUUGUCAUGGUCAAACAGCUGACAAGCUCCACAAACGAGAAACUUCAAGGUGCCUUUAUGCUUAUUCUGAGGCAUAUCAUCGAGGACGAUGAUACGAUUCGGCAAAUUAUGCGAAGUGAAAUUGUUGCUAAUUUCGAGUCAAAAUCGACGCGGCCAAUUGAUACCACUGGUUACGUUAGACAAAUGUAUCAUCUAGUGCUCAGGUCACCGGAAAUAUUUGUCGAAAUAUCAAACGAGAAGCUCAAACUACAGCGUUACGAUACUCGGCAACGUCCUCAAAUUUUGACGCUGAAGGCCGACAAAAAGACCGGAGCGGAUGCUAAAUCAGAUCAAGAUUCAGAAGGCCCACAAGAUGCUGGAGAGAAAAAGCCUGACACUGUCCAAGGCGAGAAGGAGAAGGGAAAGACCGUGGAAUUGAAAACCCCUGUUGUGGAGAAACCGGAUGGAGUUAUUCAUUAUCUCCUUUCUGAGCUCCUGUCGUAUAAGGAUGUCGACGACCAGGAAUCGCCACCCAGCCUCAAGCAAGAAACUUCCGCACCUGAGCAAUCGGAAGCACAGACUGACGUGGAAAUGUCGACCGAUGAACCUGCCCCUUCUGUCUCGAGCACCGAACCUCAGGGCUCGCGAAAUCCCAAGAAGUCAGAGAAGCCGGCAUUCCAAGCGGACGAUCAUCCAAUCUACAUUUAUCGGUGCUUUUUGCUUCAAUGUUUGACAGAAUUGCUUUCGUCAUACAAUCAGACCAAAGUCGAAUUUAUCAACUUCUCUCGCAAAGCGGACCCAUUAGCGACGACUCCGUCAAAGCCUCGCUCUGGUAUUUUGAAUUAUCUUCUGAACGCUCUUGUGCCUAUUGGCACUAUGGAUCAUGAUGAAUCUGUUGCCUUUAAAAAACGCAGUAACACAUCUGCUUGGACGAUGCGUGUCCUGGUCGCAUUAUGCACAAAAACGGGAGAAUUUGGUGGUAAUGGAAGGCGACGAAAUGAUCAGAGUCUCAAAGAAGAUGACGAGCCUGACCUGGCAUUUGUGCGAAGAUUUGUCCUAGAACACGCUCUUAAAGCGUACAAAGAGGCGAAUUCUUCGAACGAAGCUUUGGACGUCAAGUAUUCUCGACUCAUGUCUCUUGCGGAUUUGUUCGACAAAAUGCUCAGCGGUUACGCUUUUGUCUCAGGUGACACUGCUUUCCCGUCUUCCACAAAACAGCUUGCCAAAACCAUGUUUGAAAAGCACUUCAUCGCCGCUCUUACUGCGUCCGUGGCUGAGAUUGACUUGAAUUUCCCGUCAUCCAAGCGAGUUAUCAAGUAUAUUCUUCGCCCUCUCAAUAAACUUACUCAGACCGCUGUGAUACUUAGCGAAAACUCAGAUAUAUCCACCAUUGGAGGCUCAGAAGAUGACGAAAUUUCUUCUGCCACUUCUGUUUCCGAUAUGGACGAUGAACGUGAGGAAACUCCCGAUCUUUUCCGCCACUCUACCUUGGGUAUGUUGGAGCCUCGCCAUGAAGAAGAAACUAGUUCCGAGGAGUCUGAAGAAGAAGAGGAUGACGAAAUGUAUGACGAUGAAUACGGAGAAGAAAUGGACUAUGAGGAAGACAUUGGAGAGGACGAUGGCGAGGUGAUCAGCGAUGAGGAGGACGAUAUUGAAGGCGUUGGGCCCAUUGAAGGUCUCCCCGGCGACUCUGGAAUGGACAUCGAGGUUGUUAUAGAUGACGAGGACGAUGACGACGAUGAAGACGACGAUGACCAUGAUGAGGGUGAUCAUUCCGAAAUGGACGAUGAGAUCCUUGCUGGCGAGAUCACCGGAGAUAGAGAUAACGAGAGCUUUGAUGAAGGUGAUGAGGAUGAAUGGGAAAGCGAAGAGAUGUCUGAUGAUGAUGACGAAGCUGAUAUCAUGAAUCAGCUCGAGGACGAAUUCGCGGACAUUAGGCAGGCGGAUCAAGGUCCUGAGGGGCAGCGCCUUGAUGACAUCUUCCGUGCCUUGAACGAAGCUGCAGGUGGCGUCGAAGACCUCCAAGCGGAUAGCCUGGGAGACUUGCAUGAUGACAUGGUCGAUGACGACUUGAACGAAGAUGAUGAAGACGAAGAGAUUGAUGAGCUGGAGGAGGAGCUUGAGGACGCUGACGAAGACCAAGGCUCUUACCAUGGAUUUGACGAUGAUGAAGACCUCGUCGAUCCCUGGGGCUGGGAUGGUGACGAGCCACCAUUACCUCGUAGCCAUCACCACCGCCGCUUCCGUGGCAAUAACCCAGCGUGGGCUGCAGUUACGGGUAUAAUGCCCAGCCGCCAUGGCAUUGUUCCCAUCCCAUCGUACCGUUUACAGCGGUCCCAAGCCCCGCCCCGUGGAAACGAUGAUGGAACAAAUCCUCUUCUAGUUCGAACUGAUCGCGGUCCAGAAGCGGCAGGACAACGCCGUGGGGCUACUAACGAAGCCUUUACAGAUUGGGUGCAUGGCAUGGAACCAGUAUCGACAGGGCGCUUGCUUCCUAUGGACAGUCCUGUUAGUUUCAUGAAUGCCAUAAUGCAAGCCAUGGGUCAAAACAGUGGCCCUGGAUUCGGGAUCAUCCAUCGUCCUGAUGGCAUUCAUGUUCAUGUUGACAGGCACGCUAUUCUACCGAGUCGCAUUCAAGAUAUCUUCGGUCUGGGUAGACCUCAAGCACCACCCGCACGGACUCGAGAUGACCCUUCUCAGGCAGUUAGUUUUGCUUUGGCAACAACUAGAAGUCGAUGGCAAGAGGAAGCUCGCAUCCUAUUCAGUAGCACUUACCCUGAAAAGACUCAACGCGUUGUCAACUCACUCUUGAAAAUUCUCGUGCCUCCAGCUCUCGAGGAGCAAAAACAACGGGAGAAGGAAAUGGAAGAAGAAGCUAAACGAAGAGAGGAAGAACGCGCUGAACGCGAACGCGUCGCUAAGGAAGAGGAAGAAAAAGAGCGCAAGCGAAAGGAGGAGGAAGAAACUGCCCGCCAGCAACAGGAAAGGGAACAGCAAGCAGCCGAACGAGAGGCGUCGGGCACCGCCCCAGAAGCUAUGGACGACGUUCAGCAAACCGAGGCUACCCCCGAGGCUACCCCCGAGGUCAGCACCACAGUGCAACCUGCCCAACCUGAACCAGGCCCAGCCGAACCAGCUCGCCGUGUUCAUACAACUAUAAGAGGUCGCCAGGUUGAUAUUACGGGGAUGGAAAUUGACCCGGAAUAUCUUGAGGCUUUGCCUGAGGAUCUGCGGGAGGAAGUGAUUAUGCAACAACUAGCGGAGCAGCGCUCUCAGGCAGCCGCUGCUGGCGAAGAGCCAAGUGAAAUCAAUCCCGAAUUCCUUGAGGCAUUGCCUCCUGAGAUUCGUGAAGAGCUACUCCAGCAGGAAGCAGCUGACCGUCGACGUCGCGAGCGUGAAAACGCUCGUAGGCAAGCAGGAGCUGGCCCCGCUGCCGCUGCCCCCGUCCAUGCGGAGGAGAUGGAUCCAGCCAGCUUUCUGGCCACACUUGACCCGUCGUUACGUGAAGCUGUUCUCGCGGACCAGCCUGAAGAGAUCCUCGCGACUCUUGGACCUGAAUAUGUUACAGAAGCGCGAGCUGUUUCAGGAGCGAGAGGGCGACUGGCACAAUUUAGCGAUAUUCCCCGAAUGGAUCACCGCCACCACAGGACAGAACAAGUUGAUGAUCAAGAGCCCAAGAAACAGCAACGCCGCCAGAUAGUGCAAAUGCUGGACAAGGCCGGUGUUGCUACAUUGCUUCGCUUGAUGUUCAUGCCUCUGCAAGGCAAUGCGCGCCACCAACUAAAUGACAUCCUCCAUAAUGUCUGUGAGAACCGCCAGAACAGAAUCGAAGUUAUCAGUCUUCUGCUUUCCGUUUUACAGGAUGGAAGCACCGACGUCUCUGCUAUCGAACGUAGUUUUGCCCAACUUUCCCUACGUGCCAAAUCUCCCGCCAUCCAGAAAACUCCCCAGUCCGUCAAGCGAAGCCUCGGGCUCCAGUCCUCCAAUGUCAGUAACGACGUCACUCCCAUAAUGGUCGUCCAGCAAUGCUUAGGGACACUUUCAUUUUUGUCUCAAUACAACCCCCACAUUGCGUGGUUCUUCCUCACAGAGCACGACCCCGCCUCUGCCCUAAAGUUGAAGGCAUUCCGCAAAGGCAAGGGGAAGGAGAACAAAGCUAACAAAUUUGCACUCAACGCUUUACUUUCGCUUCUGGAUCGGAAACUGAUUCUGGAAAGCCCCAACUGUAUGGAGCAACUUUCAAGUCUAUUGGCAAGCAUUACUCAACCCCUUACUUUACUCCUUCGCCGCGAGAAAGAAAAACAAGUGGAGGAAGAAAAGACUAAACAGCCCGAGUCUACCGAAUUUGAGCAGUCUGCGGAGCGUCAAGAGGGAACAGGCCCUAACGAGACCUCAGAAACCGCGAACGUUGUGGCAGACACAAAUAUGACCGAUGCCCCUGCUGCUGAAGGCGGAAACUCGGAAGGCGUCACGGCACCAACGCAGACCCAAAAUGAAACUUCCACAGAUGUCAAGACAGAAACUAAAAAGGGUGAAGACGAGAAACAUAAGAGAAGAACUAUCGAGCCCCCAAUUAUUCCAGAGUUCAAUUUGAAGCUGGUGGUUCAUGUCCUCGCGGCUCGAGAAUGUAAUGGAAAGAUUUUCCGAGAUGCUCUUUCCACCAUCAACAAUCUUUCCGCCGUUCCUGGCGCUCGAGACACCAUCGGGAACGAGCUUGUCAGCCAGGCACAAACUCUGAGCACCACUAUCCUACUCGACCUGGAUGAGCUGAUAUCCCACGUUCAUGAAGCCCAAAAUGGAACGGAUAUGCAAGGUCUAGCACUCGCGAAAUUCUCCCCAGCCAGCUCUGAUCAAGCUAAGCUACUUCGUGUUCUGACGGCGCUUGAUUAUCUAUUUGAUCCCAACCGCGCGGAAAAGUCCAAAGGAAAUGAGCUUGAGGGCCCAGCUAGAGAUGUCCUCCAGACGUUAUACGAGAGUUCAACGUUUGGGCCGUUAUGGACCAGGCUUAGUGAAUGUUUGACCCUUAUCCGUAAGAAGGAGAACAUGAUGAAUGUGGCAACAAUCCUUCUGCCUCUGGUCGAAGCUUUGAUGGUUGUUUGCAAAAAUACUACGCUCAAAGAUACUUCUCUUGCCCGCAACAGCCGGGAACUGUCUGUGUCAAGCGGUUCGGGUGAUUCAAACGUGAGCAUGGAGAGCUUAUUCUUCAAAUUCACUGAGGAACACCGUAAGAUUCUCAACGAAUUAGUCCGACAGAACCCACGAUUGAUGAGUGGCACAUUCUCUCUACUGGUCAAAAACCCUAAAGUACUAGAGUUUGACAACAAGCGCAACUACUUCACCCGCAGGGUACAUUCACGGGGUGCUGAACCUCGCCAUCCUCACCCGCCUCUUCAGCUUGCUGUGCGGAGAGACCAGGUCUUCUUGGACUCGUUCAGAUCUCUGUAUUUCAAGUCUGCGGAUGAGCUCAAACACGGCAAAUUGAAUGUGCGUUUCCAUGGUGAAGAGGGUGUCGAUGCUGGCGGCGUGACGAGAGAAUGGUUCCAGGUUCUCGCUCGCGGCAUGUUCAACCCGGACUACGCGCUUUUCAUUCCCGUUGCCGCCGACAGAACCACGUUCCACCCCAACCGCUUGAGUGCGAUUAACCCUGAGCACCUCAUGUUCUUCAAGUUCAUCGGGCGGAUCAUCGGCAAGGCUCUAUACGAGGGACGUGUACUUGACUGCCAUUUCAGCCGAGCAGUCUAUAAGUGCAUCCUCGGCCGCAACGUGUCAAUCAAGGACAUGGAGACCCUUGAUUUAGACUAUUACAAAUCUCUUCUUUGGAUGUUAGAAAAUGAUAUUACGGACAUCAUUACCGAGACAUUCGCCUUGGAGACGGAUGCCUUUGGUGAGAAACAGGUUAUUGACCUCAUUGAGAACGGACACAAUAUACCUGUGACACAGGAGAACAAGGAGGAGUAUGUGCAAAAGGUUGUCGACUACCGACUGGUUGUGUCCGUUCAAGAACAGCUGGACAAUUUCCUCAAAGGCUUCCAUGAAAUCAUUCCCCCGGAGUUGAUCUCCAUUUUCAAUGAACAAGAAUUGGAGCUAUUGAUUUCUGGACUUCCCGAGGUUGAGGUUGAUGAUUGGAAGGCACACACUGAGUACCACAACUACUCGGCCUCGUCACCGCAGAUUCAAUGGUUCUGGCGAGCCGUACGCUCGUUCGACAAGGAAGAACGGGCGAAGUUGCUACAGUUCGUUACUGGUACUAGCAAAGUGCCCCUCAAUGGCUUCAAGGAGUUGGAGGGAAUGAACGGUGUGAGCCGAUUCAACAUCCAUCGCGACUAUGGAAACAAAGAUCGCUUGCCAAGCUCGCAUACAUGCUUCAACCAACUUGAUCUUCCGGAGUACGAUAGCUACGAGACCUUGCGGCAGCGACUACACACCGCAAUCACUACUGGUAGUGAAUAUUUCGGGUUCGCAUAG